CAAACGACAUUAAGUCGUUAAAUCAUCUAGAAAUUGAAUCGAUAUUUUCAAGAAUUUAGGUAGUAAACUUUUCGAUCUUACGAUUUGUCACUUAGGGUACAACGAUCGAUCAUAUCUUGUAUCUUUUUCAACGAACGUGGCAACGGUCUCGUGUGGGUUUCCCGUGGAAAUCGAUAAACUUCAAGGGUCAAACGUUGUACUUGCGCGCAGGUUUGCCUGGAAGUGUGUUAUUUCUCUCGUAGAGCAUCCUACGCGUCAAGAUGUCCACGUCGAUGACAGACAAGCUUCUGGAUGACAUGAACAGCAUACCGCUGGCAGACGAUGAUCCACAAGUGAUAAUUCCCGAAGAAGAAAUUUUGGACAAUAGCUGCCACAUAUCUGAUCCACUUGGCAGUGGACACAGCAUGGAUUCUAUACCAUCUACAUUUACAAAUGGAAGUUGUAGUCCUAACAGUAAGUCUCAAAUUGUUUAUACUCUACUAUUUAGCAAAAUAUCAUCAAGCACUCAAGAUUAUGUGACUGUAGGUUUAGAUCCUGAUAUAAGCCCAGAUGAGCAAGAAGAGAAGGCAAGGUUGAUUGCUCAAGUACUUGAACUUCAAAACACAUUAGAUGAUUUAUCCCAGAGAGUAGAUAGUGUAAAGGAGGAAAACCUGAAGUUGAGAAGUGAAAAUCAAGUGCUGAGCCAGUAUAUUGAAAAUUUAAUGUCAGCGUCGAGUGUUUUUCAAUCUACGAGCCCCAACACCAAGAAAAAGUGAAUUCAUGUUGUCACCUUAGAUAACAAAUAUCGAAGAAACAGGGAUCUUAAAAUAAUGUGAUCUUUAAUCCUCCAUAAAGAGUAUGUACACGCGUUUACACGUAUAACUGCCUUAUUUCACGAGAAGAAGAUACAAUUAUUGUAGAUAUAAGAAUUCUCAAAACAGUGUUUAUUUAUAGUCUGUUUAGUAUAUUCUGCUUAUUUCAUAUUUACACGUUUCUUUAAUUCGUGUACAUACUGUUUAUAGAGAAACUCAUUUACGAGCAAAAAUUCGCCCGUUUUUUCUUGAAGCGCAUAUUCAAAUAGAAUUUGAAUUCCGAAUUCACGAUCCAAAUGUGUAGGUCGAAGAAUUCAUUGUUCAAUUUUUUCUUUUUUUAGUCACCGCAUACGCUUUUUGCUUAAAAACGCUUACGCAUUUGUUACUUACUACCAAAGAAUUCCAUUUUGUAUUUCGUGCAAUGUCGUGUGUAUUUGAAGAAUCUCAGUUGUCAUGACCUAAUCUCUUAUUGUAAGUAUGAAAGUUUAUAUGAAAGAUUGAAAUGUGCAAUUUGAAUGAUUGAAAUCAAACAAUAUUCUAGACUUAUAAUUAAGUAUCAGUUUCUUGAUGUUUUCUGGUAUAAGAUUUGUUUUCAGUAUUAAAUCGCAAUCCUUAAAGUUAUUUAUCGCUUUUUCGCGUAUUUGAUACUUAUAAAUAAGAAUGCAAGGGUUAUAAAUGUUUGUAGUUACCGUAUUUAAUCAAACACCAACAUUUUUUAAUUCGAGCUUUCGCUUAAGGGUUUCGACAUACGUGUAUGCAAUGUAUGUAGAUGUACAAAAGAGAUAAGAAAUAAUUAUAUAUAUAUAUUACAUAUGACUAUAUAAUAUAUUAAUAUAAAUUAACGUUCGUGUAAAUGCUGCGAGCACAGUGUACGUUUUAAUCACUAAUUUAACUGACUGAUUGAAAACGAUCGACACUUUGCCUGCAGCAUGUUCGAUCAACGAUUACUACUGCAACUGAGAAAGAAAAAAGAUAAGGAAAAAAUAAUAAAGAAAAAGAAAUGUAUUGCAAUUUAAAACUGCAACUUGCGAUGAAGUUUCAGUUGGAGGGCACAAGCAGAAUGCACAAUCUCAAAUUAUUUCAUUGUUGAGUAACAUAGUGUUAUAAUAAACAUUAUAUUCUAUUGGAA